AUGUUGAAAACGGGGGAUUCUAGCUCUAAACAUGGCGGCGCCCAGGCAGCGACCGUUAGAACACAUCAACUUCUCUCCGAUACAUCUACAAAAUGUACCCCAUCGCUGCAGAUCGUCGGACGUCUUCCUAAUGCUGAUAAUUCACAAACGACGUCUGUGGUUCUGCAGUGUCAUGGCGCUGGUUCAGGCCGAUAUACUUUUGCUAAUAAUGGCGGUGUUGUUGUUGGUUUAUCGCGAGCUGCUUCUACUUCUUCGCCUACCCCUAGCACAGGUCAUCACUUUUCAAACACAUCAACCGCAUACAGCGCUUCUGGUAUCAAUGACGAACAUGCCGGGGAUGAUGAAGAAACUAAAGCUUUAAGAAACCAGGCUCUGGAAUGGCUGCAGGUGAAGGUGGAGGAGGCCAAAGACUUGGGCCUCCUUCAGGUCGAGGAGGCCAAGGUCCCUUUGUCGUCGCUUCCUUUGCUGGAUACCUCCGGAGCGUUUUCUGAACGUGUGAACGAUUUUGCAUUUGCGUCUUCAAUUUCACAGAAUUCGGUUAUGAAGCAGAAUGUGGAUGUUAAUUAUUUUGAAACAUUAGAUAAUGGGGAUUAUACAACAACUGGAAAUACGCCACAUAUUUCCUGGAAUUCUAGUAACCCAGGUGAACAACAUACAUCUCUUCCAGUUCCUUCAGAAGUGUUUGUGUCUUUUCCUGAUGCUUUAGCUGAAGAUGUCAACAGCGCAGGAGAAGCAUUAUCUUGCAGUACUAGUGAUUUAAACAGUAUGUUAUUUGAGGGCAUGAAGUCGGAUUCGCUACCUGUGGAAAUCAUGCACUAUACAGAUAGUUUGAACUAUACUGUAGUGGGAGGCAAAAAUGUCUUGUGUUCAGAUGACUCGGUGAAUAACUUUAAUACAAUAUCCUCUUCUUCGUCCAAUCUCAAAUCAAUACCGUCAACUUUUGCUGGCACAAUGGUCGACCAGGUGGCCCUCCCGAACCUGCAUGACAGCUCCAGUGAUUUAAAUUUGACAAGUCUUCCAAACUUCCUGGGGUUAGAAAACACAUCUGUGUCCGCCAGUGGUCACUUUAUUGAUGGAAAUUCUGUAAAUGUUCUAGAAGAAAAUACUCUGUCCCUAGAAAAUCAAAUUGUAGCCAAUUCUGCAAAUUUAUCAGAGCAUAUAUUACAAAGUAUUGAUAGUUCUCAACUGAAAAAUCAAAAUAUCACUGUAACAACAAUUUCAAUUUCAAACGACGAGGAAAACUCAACAAAAAUUCUUGUGGACAGUCACCAAGGGCAGCAACAAAUGUAUGUCAUUAAUACAGCAAAUAUGAAUAAAUCUCGUAACAGAAACAUACAUCAGGGAAAUAUGUUUGUGAUAAAUGCUUCGGACCUGAAUCCAGCAUGUGAUGGCACUUUUAGCAUUAGUGCACUUAAUUCGAAUGUUGAGAAUAUGGCUAUGACAUCACAGCCAAUCACUUCACAACCUUCACUGACUAACUCAACUAUACCAGGGUUUGUUCUGGUCCCUGUGGUGGAGAGUGCAGCAAAUAUGGUACAGGCCGUUCCAAUUCACAUUACGAAUGGAGAUCCAGACACAAAGAAACCCAAGAAGAUGUUUAUGUGUGUUGCUCCUGGUUGCAGAAAGACCUUUAAGAAAGCUUCUAAGCUGAAGGUGCAUCAGAUGUUACAUACAGGAGAGAGACCAUUUAAGUGUAGUUUGUUAGGAUGUGAAUGGGCUUUCACCACGUCCAACAAGCUGAAACGGCACAUGGAAUCUCAUGAGGGACGAAAGGAUUACAUGUGUGACAAGCCCGGUUGCGGACAUCGGUUUACCACGGUCUACAACCUCAACAACCACCGCAAGCUGCACGACAGGCCUUGCACUGAGACGUGCACCGAAGAUGGCUGCAGCCAGAAGUUUGCUACAAAACGGCAGCUAGACCUGCAUUUAAGAAACGUCCAUGCCUGCGAGGAUCGUACCUUUAAAUGUCCAGAGCCAGGCUGUGAGAAAACCUUUUUUUCCUCUGGGUGUAUGGGUUCUCACAUGAAGGUGCAUCUACAGAACCAAGAGGAACUUCGUUGCAAGGUGCCUGGCUGUGGGAAGGAGUUCACCAAGAUGUGUCGGUUGAGGCAGCAUGAGCGACUCCAUUCUGGGGAGAAACCUUUCACCUGUGAUUACCAGGGUUGCACCUGGGCCUUUGCCACAGCCAGCAAGCUGAAGCGACAUCAGACCAAACACACGGGCUUGCGGAAAUGGAUCUGUGAGGUGUGCAAGAAGCAGUUCCAUCGAUCGGAACACCUCAAGGGUCACCUGAUCACCCAUAGUGGUGACCGGCCUUUUAUUUGCCCAGUUGAAGGAUGUGGCAACACCUUCACUGCCAAGAGCAGCCUUUACGUACACCUGAAAAAGCAUGAUGAGUCUGGGAAGACGAUUGUCUACCACUGUCCCAUGGAGAAUUGUGAUAAGCAUUAUGCCAACAAGGCCAGCCUGCGGCAGCAUAUCCUGGUGAAACACUUCAACAUGGCACACAAAGGUGAUGCUGCCGAGGGUAGCCAUGGAGUGGUCAGCUGGCUGGGUCUGCUGAGUUCUGGGGAUGCCAACGCCGACAUCAGUCUAGGGCAGGAGGAGUCUUACGCUGAAGGAUUGUGCCAGACAUCUAUGACGCCAGGUCAGGAUCCUAUGACGCCAGGUCAGGAUCCUAUGACGCCAGGUCAAGAUCCUAUGAUGCCCACAGAUUUUCUUACGGGAGACCAGACCUUGUUGAACUCCUCAAGCGAGACUCUCCCGGAUCACCAAAGCUGCUCCGGCCUCAUGUCACAGCUUAUGGUGUCCACUGGCCCAGGUGUCACACUAGCUUCUCCUGAUGUUGCUCCUCCAUUGGCGGUAGCAGCCACGGACAUUUCAUCCCAUCCUCUGCAGCAGCCACAGCAGCAGCAGCAUAUGUUUAUUGAUGACUCAGUGGAUCAGCGACUGCUGGAAGCUAGUGAAAUCCUUCAGCAACAGGAAAGGUUGUCAUUUGAAGCCGUGGAGCGAGGCAAGAAAAGCCAGAUUGUCCUGGAGAACAUGCUGGGCUCCGCUCGUACAGACCCCAGGAGUAAUGAUAUCAUCAGCCUUCGAUCUCUCAAACGAUGGCAGAAGCAGAAAGAGAUUGAAGCAGCAAAGUUAAGAGUCAGACUGAAUGCACCAACAGCAUCGAGCACUUCAUGUCAGCUUGUCCUGGACGCGGAAGGCGACUACAAGGACAUUGUCUCCAACAACGUCUCCCUGGCCGGACAUCAUCUGAUUCAGACUGUGAUAGUGCCUGGUCGACAUGACACAGAAAUCCCUGUCAUGGAGCUGCAAGCUGAAGGAAUUUCCGACUCUUCAUCUGGCUCGACAGCGGAUUCCUUCAUGACAGAUUUGUUCAUUAGAGACCCUGAGACUGGCAUGACAUACAGGCAGACUCAGCUGCUGCAGGAUGACCCUCCAAACCCAGAGAUGAUGGAAGACAUGGAAGGAGUGACCUCAUGUCAUGGGAUGACACUGGACACAAGCCUGGACACCCAGUUUGUGGAGGACUCCCUGAACUUCCACAGUUUAUAA